UCCAAGAUGGCGUCUCGCGGGAAGUCGAAAAGUUCAUCAGCGAUGGAAGGGCUGGCAAAACAAUUUUCGGCCAUAACGGGUGCAACUGAAGAGGUCGGACUCCGUUUGCUUGAAGUGUGCAAUGGAAACCUUGAGAUGGCAAUUGGUAUGCAGCUAGAGGGCGCUACAGCCGGCUCGGGGGCGUCCACUGCCGGGGCUGCCACCGCAGGGGCGUCCACUGCAGGACCGUCGGGUGUAAGUGCCGCUCCGGAAAUUCCACCAGAUGACAGCGUCCGAGCUCCAAUUCCCCAAAAGCGGGAAAUACUCGUACAGGAUGUCCCAACAUUUGGUCCACGACCGAGGCGAAGGGGCGGUCAAGUUUCUAUCUUCGAUAAAUUCCGCGACUUCCAAGCAGAGACAAGGCAUCAAGAAGAGAUGAUUCGUAACCACGGCAACCUUGUCCCCCAAUCAGCCAAAGUCCGCACCCUUGAAGACCUCUUCAGACCUCCUGUAGAUCUGAUGCACAAAGGAACCUUCAACACAGCCAUGGAGACAGGUCAAAACCAAGGACGCUGGUUAAUCGUUAAUGUUCAGGACGUUCAGGAGUUCAACUGUCAGAAACUCAACAGGGACGUUUGGAGUGACGCAACAGUCAAAAGUAUCAUCAAUGAAUCCUUUAUUUUAUGGCAGGUGUAUCAUGACAGCGAUGAAGGGAGGAGAUACAUGCAGUUUUACAAGGUGGAGGAGUUCCCUCAUGUGGCAUUGCUCGAUCCAAGAACUGGUGAGCUGUUGGUCUCGUGGAGCAAGCUUGACAGCACGUCAUUUUGUGAUCUUGUUAUGGAGUUUUUAUCCAAUCAUCCAUGCUUCGACAAAGAGGUCCCAGCGUCCCCACCUGCCAAAAAGGCAAGAAUGACAAAAACGAUUUUAGAUGCCAGUGAGGAUUCUCAACUUGAAGCGGCCAUCGCCGCCUCCUUAGCCGAAUCAACUAGCGACGCCCACAAAGACGGCGCCCCAUCUUCCAAAGACACCCCCGCCACAAUCGCUUCCAAGAAGAUUCACGAGACGAUAAGUCUGUCGGACGACGAUGACCUCGAUGACGAGGAUGAUUAUGAUGAGAUCGUCGACGUCGAGAUUAACUCAAAUCAUGACAGUGAUUCAGAUUGCGUCAUCGAGUCCGUUAAACCCAACCUUCCAAAAAGCCACCCGCUCGUUGCGAAUUCCAACUCCUCCAACACCACUCAUAGAACUGACUCAAAGUCGAACGAAAGAACGAGCCAGUCAGCUGUUAAUGGGACAAGCACAGCCGACGAAGCUGUAAGAACUAAAUCGAUGACCCAUAGUGAGGAAGAUGCGACUCAAGGGAAGAACACAGUUGUCACAGAGACGGACUCCAAUGAUGGGGUUGCCAAAGAGACAAAUUCAUCACCAGUGGUCCUUAAGAAUGGGGAAGAAAUCGACGUUCAUUCCAUGGCCAAGCUAAUGCUCAGAUUCCCAGACGGAAAGAAGAAACAGCUGUCCCUCCAAGAAGAUACUCCCCUUCUGACGCUGGUCACAUUGGUUGGUAAAGAAGGAUUUUCAAAUGAGCGGUUCGAAAUGGUGACGAAUUUCCCCCGGAGAAAACUGUCGUAUUUGGACUUUGAUAAAACUCUGAAGGAGGCCGGACUCAGUCCGCAAGAAACGAUUUUCAUACAGGAACGCUGAAGCACUCUUUGGCAAUAACGCACCAUUGAGGUAUUUCUGAGGUGUUCCACACUUUGCGCAGUCUGGACCUAAUUGUGAUUCAGCAUGAGAUAAGAAUGGCACUCCUUUUUUAUAUAUGUAUACAAACAAAUUAUGUUUUCAUGAGAGCGCUGUGCUUUUUUUUGUUUAAAGGUAAAGAGGUGCACCGUUUAGACCGUAACUUGCUAGUAGAAACUUGGGUGAAGAAAGCUGAUGAACUUUCCCUGAGUCUCUGCUCAAACUGAGGACCCUUUGGCCACUAUCACAAACCCGCUUAAGAACACAAAUACGCUAAGCGGACAAAUAUGCAGCAAAAUGUUUAAGCAGUUGAAAACGCCUUGCUACGUGUCUUAUUUAUGGCUGGUUCACCGCUAUUUCUGCGCUGUGAGAUACGGCUUAACAGUGGACUUUUUUUCUGCGAUUCAGUAAAUAUUGUUCUCAUAGACACUAUGCAUUGGCUUCCAUUGCUAAGACCAAACAAUGUGGGAACUUUUACACAAUGGAAUAAAGAACCCCACAACAAUUUCGUUUUUUUAAACUGUUUUGUUAAACAGGGUACUUCUUCAGAAAAGGGAACAAUAGAACAACAACAGCAAGUCCCCACAACUGUGCAAGCAAAAGUAUGCGUGUACACACCACGCACAUUUCUCAGCCAAUGAUUAAACAUCACUGGGCCCAAUUUCAUAGCGCUGCUUAACGGUAAGCAAAUUUGCGUGCUUACUGUAGCAGAAAAAUUUGCUUA